GGCGACAUCACACCCUACGGUCAGAUUGAGGAAAUGGCUAUCUGCACUUCAGCAGGAAUGUAAGCAGAAGGCAAACUUUUCUCACGAUGCCGCUGAAAAUGGUCCUGCUGCUUUUAUUCCUUACAUUAAUUUCAGAUGCUUACCCCAUGACACCCAAGGAGAUCUGCGUCAAAGUUGGAGACCUAGUGACAAUCCAUUGCGGGUGUAAAUUUGAUGGUACAGUAAUGCUCUGGAAAAAGGAGACUGACCAAAAGAUGCACCUGUACAGCAACAUGUCAGGGUUUGAGCAACAGCAACUGGGUUUGGUUGUUUAUCAGAACAGCCUUGUGAUUCUCAGUGCAUCUGUAAACCAUCUGGGGAAUUACUCAUGUGGUCCUCUCAGGAAUACCAGCUGCCAGAUGUGGUUCAGGCUUACAGUAUGCAGGGAGCCAUCCAAAGAGUAUAAAAUCAGCAACAAGUACAAUCAGACAUGUUACACAAACCAGACCUGCACAUUGUAUUGUCCUGCAGGAAACAUAAACGCUACAAGAAUCCCUAAUAUUAGAAUCACUAAAACCAUAUGGCACAAGGAGAAUGGUGAGUUAUCAAAACAUUACUUCCCAAAUGUGGAAUUAGAGCAAAGUGGAGUCUACCACUGCACCCGGUCUUUCUUGUAUUCUGGUCAAACAUACAAUGCUUCCUUCACAGUGGUACUUGAUAUCCAAGCAGGAGAGCCUCUGCCAAACGUAGGAAUCUAUUCACCAAAGAAUGGUCAAGUUUUCAAAGUAGAACUUGGCACAGUGGUGGUGAUUACUUGUACAGCAGUCAUAGAUUCUUGCGGAAGUUCGUUGUUUUGGUUGAGAAAAAAUGAAUUUGUAGAAAAUAACGACACGCUUCGGUAUUUCUACAAUUAUACAUACUCAUGUGAAGAGACGUCCCACUUGAUGAAUGCAUCUUUAGUCUUCAGAGAAGUAUUGGAGGAGGAUCUGUCUACAAAUUUUAGCUGUAAACUUGAAAGUGACGAACAAGCACUCUUUGUCACCAUCACCCUCAAUAAAACAGCCGGCCCCUCAUAUUUGAUCCUAACUACAUGCGCAGUCUGCUUCAUGAUGAUGUUGGCUUUGGCCGUCGUUACAUACGUGAAGUUUAAAAUUGAUGUCACCCUUUUCCUGAGAGACAAUGUUGGUUUCAAAUGUUGCCCAGGCAACACCUCAGAUGAAAGAAGCUACGACGCAUUUUUAAUGUGUUACAAAAGCUACACUGAUGGAGGACUGAGUGAAGACGACAUAAGAGGUCUGGCAACUACUUUGGAAGAUCGGUUUGGUUACAGCCUCUGUCUUUAUGAUCGAGAUGUAUUACCUGGUCAAGCUAUAGCUGAGGUCGUGUUAGACUGCAUAGAGCAGAGCCGGGCUGUGGUUUUGGUUCCCAGCUUUCCAGAUCCCAAAACAGGAAGCGGAGUACUAAGUGCCAUCCAUGCUUCUCUUGUGGAGCAGAAGACUCGCCUGAUUUUCAUAAACACGGAGCAGACGGAGGCAUCGAGAUCAGGCUCAUUUCCAGAGGCCUUGCAGCUUCUCAGUAAGGCCGGAAAAAGUGUCACCUGGAAGGGAGGGCCACCCUCCUCCUGCUUCUGGAAGCAGCUACGCUAUCACCUACCGGCCCCACAGCAAGCACCAAAAAUGCAACUUUUACCACAAGAAUGCUAAGAUGAUACCUGAUCCUAUGUCUAAUCAGUUCAUAUUCUAAAUUCAACUUGUACUGUACAUUGUAACUUGUAUAAAAGUUACAAAUUGAUUGGCAUAUAACUGACUGAAAUAAGUGUUUGAAUUCCUACUAAACAACCCGACCUUGUGUAGUGCAUGUUGCACAAAAAUAUAUCAGUUUAUCAUUUAUAGAGACCAUAACUUAUGUUUAUAAAGCACACCAGUCCACAAAAUUUAUUUUAUCAAUACCAACUUCUCCACCACCACAGACCAAAGGACAUCCACACUAAAAUCUACAAACUGGAAAUGAUUCCAAGAACAUCAGAAGCGAGGGAUCAACCCACAUUUAACAGUAACACUUUGUUUAUGACCAAAAUCAGGCUCUUUUUCAUCAACCCAAACAGCGAUGUUUGGAGGUAGAGACAUGCUGAGUAUGGCUUGAAGAACACUUUCUCUACUGUUAAGCAUGGAGGUGAAAGAUUAUGAUUUGGGGCUGCUUUUCUUCUAGGAGUACUGAACUUACUGUUACUGUAUAGAGGAGAUGGUCAAAAGAGUUGUGUGAAAACCUGGUGACUUGCUACAGAAAAUGUCUUAGUCUUCUGCUUGCCAAUCAAGGUUUCUCCACCAAGGUCAAGUUAAGGGAUCAAAAAGGUAUUCCAUUCAGUUAUAUUCAAACAGCUUUUUAUGUUUAUGUAAUGCAUUUUUUCAGAUUUAACUGUUAUUUCUUCACUCCAUAUCAAAAUGAAACUGCCCUAAAAUUUGAGUACAGUUAGAAAAUCAUGAACGGAUAAAAUGCAUUGCUUAUAUUCCCUAUUGUACUUAUAGACUACAGCGUACCAAAGUACCAUUAUCAGCUGGGAACACCUGAUUUGAAAAAAUUAACUUAAUUUGUUUUGCUAUUUUUGUCUAGUUCCUUCUAAGAUGAGACAAAUCAAAUAUUCUGCUAAAAUGUAUAAAUCAUCUAUUAUUGCUACUUUAUAAUAAUAUAUAAUAACUCACAAUUUGCUUUACCAUUAAUACUGAUUUGUCAAAACUUUCUAAAAUAAAGUGUUUAAGAAACAAA